CUGUUGUUCAAGCUCGGCGGGAGCAGAUCAGACUCCCAGCUCGCAGGGCUUGCCGCAGGCCACAAUGCGCGGGAACAAGCACACUGGUCGCAAACACAAGAAUCAGAACAAGAAAACCAGGCCUUCGGUCAUCGCGAAGAAGCGCAGGAACAAAGAUAUCGACCAAGUUCAUGAGGACCUGAAGACACCACAGAACUUCCAGCCUGGCACCUUGCCACGAGAUGAGGAUUUGCCUGGCAUGGGGCAAUUCUAUUGCAUUGCCUGCAACCGCUACUUCGAGUCAGAUGAGGUGAAGCAAAAGCACGAACGCUCCAAGUUGCACAAACGGCGGCUGCAGAAGGCAUCUGACAACCCACAUACGCAACAAGAUGCUGAGAUGGCUGUGGGAUUGACCACCGAACGCUAAUGGGCGACCAUGUUUCACAAACGCGUUUUUUGCGACCCGAUUUUUUGGAGUUGUCCGAAAAUGCUGGACCCCA